CUUUUGACUUUCUUGCUGCGGGUAAGAGAGAACCGCUGCAAAUACAUUGAAAUUUUAUACGAUUCGUUGCGGUUGAAAUUGAACCGCAACAAAUAAGUCAUCUAAAACUUUCAGACCUUAUCCUCCCCUUCAAUCGAUUAGAGCAAACCCUCCCCAAAUCCCAGCCCCCCUCCCAAACCUUGGGUCCGAAUAUCGUAGACGGCCACCUCGUCGCGGAAGUCCAGCUCGUUGCUGAACACCAGCUCAUCACCGACGUUGCUGCAGACGCCGACGGCCAGCUCCUCGGCACUGCAGAUUCUGUUAGACGGCCAGCAGCUCCUCGCCUAUCUCCUCGCCGACGUCGAUGGCCAGCAGAACCUCGCCCCUUCAUUGGCUCCAACUUCAUCUUCUCUGCACUUCAUUGUUGCUCUUUUUCAAUGUGUUUAGAAACAUGCACAACGAUGGUGAAAGCAGAAAGAAAGUGAUUUGGAAACAAAUGAAAUGUGCAAAACAAACAAGCGGUUUGGAGUGUGGAUUCUACGUGAUGAUAUUCAUAUACGAUGCAGUUAAAUAUAUCACGAGUGGUCAAGAUAUGGAGCAAGUUUAUGAGAGAAUCAAAGUAGAUGGGCCUUUGUCAAGUGAGGAUAUAGCUGAAGUUCGUGAUGCUGACGCCAUAUAUGUUGUGAUAAUUUGUUGUAAACCAUACAGUUGUGAUAAAUUUGCUAUAAAAUUGUGUUUUGUAUUCUAAUCAUUGUGUAUUAAUUUUGUGGUGUAUGACUUAGUUCUUUUGAAACUAUGAACUUGAUAAAUGUGAAGUUAUUUUGUAUACAGGUUUUACUUUUAUUCAAAGU